AUGGCCCGCCACUUCGUCCUCAACACCGGCGCCAAGAUCCCGUCGGUCGGGCUCGGCACCUGGCAGGCCGCUCCCGGCGUCGUCGGCGACGCCGUGUACGCCGCCGUCAAGGCUGGUUAUCGGCAUAUCGAUUGUGCUCAGAUCUACGGCAAUGAAAAGGAGAUUGGUCUCGCCCUGAAAAAGGUGUUCGAUGAGGGCAUAGUCAAGCGUGAAGAUCUUUUCAUCACCUCCAAACUUUGGUGCACCAACCACGCGCCCGAGGACGUCCCGAUUGCCCUGGACAGCACACUCCAGGACCUGCAAAUCGACUACGUGGAUCUCUACCUCGUACACUGGGCGGUACGGAUGAAGAAGGGCUCCACCGGCGUCAAGCCAGAAAACGUCGUCCCGUCCGACAUACCUGCGACGUGGGCGGCGAUGGAGAGCCUCUACGACUCCAGCAACGGCAAGGCCCGCGCCAUCGGUGUCAGCAACUUCUCCACCAAGAAGCUGGGGGACCUGCUCGUCGUCGCGCGAGUGACGCCGGCGGUGAACCAGGUGGAGUGCCACCCCGUCUGGCAGCAGGCCAAGCUCCGGGAACUCUGCGUCUCCAAAGGGAUACACCUCUCGGCUUAUUCGCCGCUGGGCUCGCCGGGGCUGUUUAAGGCAGGCAACGUCCUGCAGCACCCUGUGGUGGUGUCGACGGCGGAGAAGCUGGGGAAGACGCCGGCGCAGGUGGCGCUGCGGUGGGGUAUCCAGACGGGGUACAGCGUGCUCCCCAAGAGCACCAACGAGGAGAGGAUCAGGGCCAACCUGGACGUCUACGACUGGUCCAUCCCCAGUGACCUCUUCGCCAGCUUCUCUGAGAUCGAACAGGUGAAGCUGAUCCGAGGGACGUUCUGGACUCACCCAGAAGGCGUGAUCAAAUCCGUCGAAGAGGUUUGGGAUGGGGAAAUAGUCUGAACUGCUUUGUCUAGGAAGUGUGACGCAACUGAACCUUGGCCAGUGUCAAACUCCAGAACAUUGCGAGGGCAACCGAAUAACGAGCGAGUCCUGGUAACUAGUGACAGCAAGUGCACGCGGUAAUAAUCGGCAGUCGAGCUUUGAGCUUGAGUUUCGCUGCUGUCAGUAUGUAAUUUGCAUCAGCGACUUAAUUAAGUCCCGACUCGUUCC